UGAAAAUGUGGACCAGGUAUGUAUAUAAUUUUACACUAUAUAUACUAGUCCAUCACACCAAUUGUUCAUAUCAACUACGAAUUAUAUUCCUCUUUCUUUUUUAGCUCUCCAGAUUUUAGACGACGAAUAUGGAAGAAGUGAAGGUGAUUGGUUCGAGAACGAGCGGAUUCUGUACUAGAGUAGAGUGGGCGUUGAAGCUAAAGAGUGUGGAGUAUGAGUACUUGGUGGAAGAUUUGACAAACAAAAGUCCAAUUCUUCUCAAGUAUAAUCCAAUUCUUAAGAAAGUUCCUGUUCUUUUACACUUGGACAAACCUAUAGCUGAGUCCCUACUCAUUCUAGAGUACAUUGAUGAGGUGUGGAAAGAAAACCCUUUGCUUCCCCAACACCCUUAUGAAAGAGCCAAAGCUAGAUUUUGGGCCAAGUUUAGUGAUGAGAAGGUUUUGAUGGGAUCAUUUGAAGCUUGCAAAGCUCAAGGAGAAGGGAAAGAAAAAUUGAUAGAAACUGCCCAAGAAUAUUUGGGUUUUCUUGAGAAGGAAAUCGAAGGGAAGAAGUUUUUCGGAGGAGAAAGAAUCGGUUAUCUAGAUUUAGUAGUGGGAUGGAUUCCUUUAUGGCUUGAUGUGAUGGAAGAAAUUGGAGAGAUGAAGUUAAUCCAAGUAGACAAAUUUCCAUGUCUUCAUCAAUGGUGUAAGACUUUCAUGGAUAAUCCAGUUAUAGCAGAAUCAGCUCCGUCAAGAAAAUCACUUGUCGAGUAUUUUAAUGCUAGUAUCACCUAUAUCCGCUCAUUGGAAGCUAGCAAAGAGUGAAAUAAAUUAAUUAAGUUUGACUUUGAAUUGGAUUAGUAGAAUAAAAAUUUGUCAAGUGAGUUGACAAUGUCUAUGAAUGCUUUUAAUGUACUACAAACUUUCUUUUGUUUCUCUUCAAA